CGGAGGCCAUGUCGAUUCUAUAUCAAAGGGUACUGCAAAAACGGGGAUACUUGCACUCUCUUGCAUGAGAAGCCGAAGGAAGCCGAUGGGGAAGAAGGAUCAAAGGAAAACAACAAGGCCCGCGAUUUCAUACGAGAACUUGGAGGAACAUGGGUUCGAUUCGGCCCAGGAGCGACUGCCACUGAAAUCAUUUUACCCUCCGACUUUUCCGCCGUCCGCAUCAGCAAUCUCCCAACCGGUUAUUCAACUCAACUCAUCGAAGACAUGCUCUGGCGUGCGGGCUUGAACAUAUCCAGAUGUGACAUAUACGUCAGUAACGCGAAAAAAGGUACCGCAAUGGUCAGAAUAUGGAGUCCCUCUUUUCCAAAGGAAGCCUGGGGAUAUUUGGGCACUCGCAACCCCAAGCUUGGAGUUGUCCCGAUACCCGUCCCGUUCCCGGUAGGAUCCAACCUUCGCCGGGUCGACUGCAGACAAGUUCAGUUCACUUGGUAUCGACCGAGUCGAGAAGUAAACCUCAUAUUCGGUACUAGAGAAGCUGCUUUGAGGCUUUAUCAGGGGGUUCCUGCAGGGCUCACAGUGCACGGAUAUCGAGUCACAGCUCACCCUCCCGCUCUUGGGGACGACUUAGUGACUUGGGUAGUUAGAUUAACGGGUUUGCCUGAGAGUGUCAGGGACCAGGACGUCAUCCAGAUCAUUCCAAAGCGAUACUGGCCUUUCCAAAAUCAAAUCCGAUACCUGGUCUAUACCGAUGAUACAGAAACCGAGUCUACCUUUGUUCGGUCGAUGCUGGAUGAAUAUGGGCCCUUGGAGCGAUGGGAGGUUUCGGAGAUAUCCGAAGGAGGGCAAAUCAAAGGUCAGGCUGUCUUUUUCGAGGAGUUCCACGCGAGGAAUGCAGCCACAGCACUCGAUGGGAGGCGGUUACCAUUCUCCAAGUCAAGAAGAUUGUCUACCACGGUAGUCACCGUGGUGAAAUUCGACGUACUGCCCCGCGUGUACGAUGUUGUCCAAGGUCAGAUCGAUGCUCACAAAAGAUUUUGGGAGGACCAGAAUAUUGAAUUUGACGUCUUGCCUCCACGUGGUUCUUUUUCAAUCCUCCAGCUUAAAGGCAGUGACCGCGAAUCGAUGGCCAAGGCCAAAAAUGAGCUCGAGCUUGUUCUUGCUGGGGAGGUGAUGAGACAGCAUGGGAAGAAUAUCUGGCACCCAAGCUUCAAUAAUAGAGGAGAAGCCUACGAGACGCUCAAGACAAUCGAGGAGGAGUUGGGCAUUGCCAUCGUCCGCGAUGGAUGGCUCUCACAGUUUCGAGUUUUUGGUGCUGGAGGACGGCAAGCACUAGUGGCAAAAGCCUUGGAUCGGCUUAUCAAAGACACAAGCCCACCUCAUGCUAGAGCUUCAGGGGAUUCGUUGAAGCCGAAGCAAUAUUGCCAGAUUUGCUUUUGGGUAGCCGAGGAACCAGUCAUGACGUCUUGCAAUCAUGCCUACUGUGAUCACUGCUUCGUCGGAAUGUGCGAAGCAAUGGCUACGAAUCCUGGCGAGUUUUGUAUCACCUGCGAAGGGGAUGCUGGGAAAUGCAGAAAGGUUUUUGAACUUGCUGAAAUCUGCAGUCUCCUCCCAUCCGAAACAUUUGACAGCAUCCUUGAAGAAUCCUUCACUUCUUUUGUCCAGCGUCAUCAAGAUCAAUUUCGGUAUUGCCCUACUCCUGACUGCUCUCAGGUUUAUCGUGCUGCCUCACAGACGGAACAAGAGCCCCCAGCAUUCACCUGCAACAGCUGUCUAGCGUCCAUCUGCACAGCUUGUCACGCAGCACACCCUGCGCUCACCUGUUCCGAGCAUCGGAACCACGCUUCAGGAGGUCUCCAGGCCCUGAACAAGCUCAAGAAACAGUUGGGCGUUCAAGAUUGCCCGAGAUGUCAAACGUCUUUGGAAAAGAUUGCGGGUUGUGAUCACAUCAUUUGCCAAGGAUGCAGGACUCAUAUUUGCUGGGUAUGCAUGGCAGCCUUUGACAACGGGGAUGCUUGCUAUCAACACUUGAUGACAGUGCACAAGGGG